CAAAACUAUUACCAAUCGUCAAACAAAAUCCCUAAAAAUUUAGGUUAUGACGCUUUCAAAAAUCGAAAAAAUGAGCGAAGAAGUGAACAGUUUAGAAGAACAAGCACGUAAAAGACAAGAACGUUUAAAAUCACUCAAACGCAAACGCGAAGAAACACCCAACGACGCAAAAAAUGACAAUGAUGCCACCAAGACUUUACCCACGCCAAAGUUUCGCAGUUACAGGCCACAAGACAAGAAUUUGAAUGAACAUUUAGUCAAAAAACGUGAAUCAAUUGAUGUGAGGAAUGAAGUCAAGGAUUUGCUCGAUUUGGCUAAAAGUGACAUGGUUAUCGAUCAAUUGGACAUUUCAUCCCUUGCUCCAAGACAACCCGAUUGGGAUUUGAAACGUGACGUUGAGAAAAAACUCGAAAAAUUGGCCAAACGGACACAAAAAGCCAUGGCCGAGUUAAUUCGAGAGAAAUUGAAAGCGAAACAGGAUUUGGCUGAAGUUUCAAACGCUCCAGUCGAUGUGUGAUUGAUACUGUCUUUAUUUUGUAUCGAUUAUUGCUAAUAAAUUAUUUUUAUUGA